AUGAACAUGAACAGCAUUAGUAAUGAAGAGUUUGACUGCCACUUCCUCGAUGAGGGCUUUACCGCCAAGGACAUCCUGGACCAGAAGAUUAACAAAGUCUCUGCUUCAGACGAUAAGGAUGCCUUCUAUGUCGCGGACCUGGGAGACAUUCUAAAGAAACACCUGCGGUGGCUAAAAGCUCUUCCGAGGGUCACCCCCUUCUAUGCAGUCAAAUGCAAUGACAGCAGGACCAUCGUGAAGACCCUGGCUGCCAUUGGGACGGGCUUUGACUGUGCCAGCAAGACUGAGAUACAGUUGGUGCAGAGCCUCGGGGUGCCUCCGGAGAGGAUCAUCUAUGCAAACCCUUGUAAACAAGUGUCUCAGAUUAAAUACGCCGCCAGUAACGGAGUCCAGAUGAUGACUUUCGAUAGCGAAGUCGAGCUGAUGAAGGUUGCCAGGGCACAUCCAAAGGCAAAGAUGGUUUUGCGGAUUGCCACCGAUGACUCCAAAGCAGUGUGUCGUCUCAGUGUUAAAUUUGGUGCCACACUCAAGACCAGCAGGCUUCUUUUGGAACGGGCCAAGGAGCUAAACAUCGAUGUCAUCGGUGUGAGCUUCCACGUGGGCAGUGGCUGUACUGACCCUGAGACCUUUGUGCAGGCCAUCUCCGAUGCCUGCUGUGUCUUCGACAUGGGGGCUGAGGUUGGCUUCAACAUGUACCUGAUAGAUAUAGGUGGUGGCUUUCCUGUAUCUGAGGAUGCAAAGCUUAAAUUUGAGGAGAUCACCAGUGUAAUCAACCCAGCCCUGGACAAGUAUUUUCCAUGAGACUCGGGAGUGACACUCAUAACUGAGCCGGGCAGAUACUAUGUUGCGUCAGCUUUCAUGCUUGCAGUUAAUAUCAUUGCCAAAAAACUGGUCUUAAAGGAACAGACGGGCUCUGAUGAUGAAGACGAGUCGAGCGAGAAGACCUUCAUGUAUUACAUGAACGAUGGAGUGUAUGGGUCCUUCAACUGCAUUCUCUAUGAUCAUGCGCACAUGAAGCCCCUUCUGCAGAAGAGGCCCAAACCAGAUGAGAAGUACUACUCCUCCAGCAUCUGGGACCUGACCUGUGACGGCCUCAACCGCAUUGUGGAGCGCUGCAGCCUGCCCGAGAUGCACGUGGGGGACUGGAUGCUCUUUGAGAACAUGGGUGCUUACACUGUGGCUGCUGCUUCUACUUUCAAUGGGUUCCAGAGGCCGACGAUCUACUACGUGAUGUCAGGGCCGACAUGGUUAGUGCCAGGGCAUGUGUGUGGGCCUGAUAAGAGACCUUGGGGCGCUCCCUUCCAGGAGCCCUGCACCUGUCUUCCCCCACUUCCCCUACAGGCAUGCAGCCCCUAA